UAGUGCUUUUUACAUGGUCCAAAGCGGCCCUGUGCUGCUCCACUGCAGAGGAAACUUCAAGAAAUGCUGGUUUGCUACAGUGUUUUAGCUUGUGAGAGUCUCUGGGAUCUUCCCUGCACCAUCAUGGGGUCACCUCUAGGUCAUUUUACCUGGGACAAAUACCUAAAAGAAACAUGUUCAGUCCCAGCGCCUGUCCAUUGCUUCAAGCAGUCCUACACACCUCCAAGCAACGAGUUCAAGAUCAGCAUGAAAUUGGAAGCACAGGACCCCAGGAACACCACAUCCACAUGUAUUGCCACAGUAGUUGGACUGACAGGUGCCCGCCUCCGCCUUCGCCUUGAUGGCAGCGACAACAAGAAUGACUUCUGGCGGCUGGUUGACUCAGCUGAAAUCCAGCCUAUUGGGAACUGUGAGAAGAAUGGGGGUAUGCUGCAGCCCCCUCUGGUUUCUCUGAAUCAGGAUUCAAAUAAGAUCCACAUAUUGCAGUUGGUUGAUAUGUCCUUUAAGUCUCUUUUAAUCUAUGGGUUCUCCUUCUCUCUUAUUUUUUUCUCACAAUUUAUUUGUUGAAAAACCUAAAUAAUUUGUCUUUAAUAUCCCCCACAAUUAGAUUUUUGCCAAUUGUAUCUCUAUGGUAUCAUUUGACAUGUUUCUCUGUUCUCUCUUUCCUAGAAAUUGGCAGCUAGGUCUAGAGGCUUGAUCAGGUUCAGGUUCAAUUUUCUCAUAAGAAUAUUUCAUAGGUGAUGGUGUUUACUUCUAUUAGGAAGCAUAUAUGGUCUUGUUGUCUCUCAUUUUAUAAUGUAGCAGCCAUUACUGCUCGUGGUCUACAUCAAGGGUUGACAGAUUUUCUUAAAGGGUUAGACAGCAAAACUUCCAGGCUUAUUGGCCAUACAUUCUCUAUUGCAACUAGUCAGCUUUGUCAUUGUAAUACCAAAGCAGCCAGAGACAAUACAUAAACAAAUGAGCA